AUGUCUACUCAUAUAACUGUUCUUCCAGCCUCAACGAAAGUCGGAAAAGAGACCAUCCGCCUACUUCUGGCCUCUCCAGCCAGUUUUACUAUCCGUGGCAUCUAUCGCGAUACCUCCAAAACUCCAGAUGAAUACACAAGCCACCCAAACUUCAGUUCAGUCAAGGGCGAUGUUGCUUCUGAGGAAAGUCUUGAUUUCAGCAAUUCUGAUGCCGUUCUCUAUGUCCCGCCGCCGACUUAUGAGAACAUCGACCAGAGCGAAUGGGCCAAGCAAACAGCCAACAACGUCAAAGGUGCCUUGAAGAGGUCAGACGUCAAGAGGCUCGUUGUUCUGUCUGGUCUGGGGUCCCAAAAUGACCAUGGUAUCGGCUUUGUCCGCUUGAAUCAUCACACCGACAACAUUCUCAAAGGCUCUGUGCCUGAAGUGACUAUCCUACAGUCAACUCAUUUUCAAGAGGAGUUUGAGUACAUUUUUCAAAUGCCUUUGGGAGAUCCGCCAACAAUCUCAUCAUGGAUCGCACCAAGGGAUCUCAAGAUCCCAAUUGUCAGUCUCAAAGAUGUUGGUGAGGUCUGUGCGCAGAUCUUGCUCACCAAGCUCGAGAGCCUCAGCCCGCAAGUGAUUAAGGUCUUUGGUCCUCGUGCCUACAGCUCAAUCGACCUGAGAGACAUGUUUGAGGAAAUCACUGCCAACAAGGUUGAGCUUGGACUUGCGCAAGGUGAAGAUUUGAAGGCUUUCUUCGGACACAUUCUGCCUGAGUAUUGCAUUGCAGACUUCAUGGAAAUGAUAGAAUCGUCACUACCAGGUGGAUUGAUCGCCAGGGAGUAUGAGGCCGAUGAGAAUACCGUGACUGGAAAGGUUGACAUGUUGGAGGUUUUCCGUGAGCUAGGUAACAAAUAUGGCUGUUCCAAAUAG